GAGGGGUUUAUUUGCAUCAGAGAAUAUCUUCUCUUGUGCUUUGCGCUCAGACAAGUGCAGGAAAUCGAAUUCCUCAGGCCCCGCCCCCCUGUCCCCUCACAGCCCCAGUCCAGAAGUCCACUCCGGUCAUUAGUAAAUUCUGAGUCACUUUCUCUCUGCAGGGAGAAGAGCUGCUGAGCUACGGGCAAACUGCAACCAAGAAACGGGUGAACGAACACCCACAGCAAAACAACAUCUUCAGGAAAACAACGUCUUCAGCAGAACAAAGCGACAAUGGUUAUGUAGCGUGCGGAAUCCCAGCGCACAGACUGUUUUUAACAUUACAGCACGACCGCAUCAGCAUCAUAAUAUAUACUACGGCAUUGGAAGCAGCAGCAAGCAUCAAUUCCUGCAGCAAAAGACAUGCUCUCAAAACAGUAAAUCCCUGGUAAUACCUGGUAAGGAGAGGGUACACAUUGUCAGGCUGCUUCUACUCUACGCAUGGAAUAAUGCCCUUCAGGGUGAGACUAGCAUCCUAAGGUUCUGUUAUCUGAGGAACAGUAGCUGGGGUAUCAAUGGCGAAUCAACAACGUGGCCACCAUCUCAGAACCAUGAGUUCAGAGGAGAAAACAUUGACCCCUGUCCACAAAGCAUCAACGCCAACACAUAAAAGUGGCUCUUCUACUUCUUCCCACAGAGACAGCCGGCAGGAGAGCGACAGCUGGGAGAUCAUUGAGGGCCUGAAGAUCGGGCAAACAAAUGUCCAGAAGCCAGAAAAACAUGAAGGCUUCAUGCUGAAGAAGCGAAAGUGGCCCUUAAAAGGCUGGCAUAAGAGGUUUUUUGUGUUGGAUAAUGGAAUCUUGAAGUACGCCAAGUCUCCCAUUGAUAUUCAGAAAGGCAAACUGCAUGGAAGUAUUGACAUUGGUUUGUCAGUGAUGUCAAUAAAAAAGAAGGCUCGGAGAAUUGACCUCGACACGGAAGAACACAUCUAUCAUUUGAAGGUCAAAUCCCAAGAAGUUUUUGAUUCAUGGGUGUCAAAGCUCCGACACCACCGCUUGUACCGGCAGAAUGAAAUUGUGCGAUCGCCCAGAGAUGCCUCGUUUCACAUCUUUCCUUCACCUAAUGCAGAAUCGGCAACUAAUGCAGCUGGAUCCGAAGGAAAGCCGAAAACUUCACCUUGGCAGCCCUCCAUUCCCAGCACCGGUAGCUUACCUGCAUCAUACAGCAAUGGACAAAGCAAAGUGGCUGCUUGGCUGCAAGAAUCUGAAGAGAUGGACAGGUGUGCAGAAGAGCUUGCAAACUGUCAGUCAGGCCUUGUGGAACUGAGCAGACUAUUACAAAAUCUUGAAAUUCUGCAGAGGACGCAGUCUGCACCCAACUUCACUGACAUGCAGGCUAAUUGUGUAGAUAUAACAAAGAAAGACAAGCGACUGAGCAGAAGAUGGAGAACAAAAAGUGUCAGCAAAGAUACAAAAAUGCAACUUCAGGUUUUUGGUUGUUCAUUGCGACACUUGAAAGCUGUAAAAAUUCCUUUGAGCGCUUCAAUGGCCCCAGUCCGUUUGCACUCAUCCAAUCCCAACCUCUGUGCAGAUCUAGUGGAUUUUCAACCUCCUGUGAGCAGGCUCGCUGACACGCUGGAGUGUGCCACAGACUACAUCAAGCUGCAGGAGGACUUCUGUUUAAUUGCACAGAAAGUCCAUUCUCUGCUGAAGUCUGCCUUCAAUACUGUAGCAAUAGAGAAGGAGAAGAUAAAGCAGCUCAUCUCUGAGCAGGAGCAGGCGGGCCACACUGCCCAGAUUGUGACGCUGAAGAGGUCUUUAUCACAGGCUCUGACUCAGAAUGCUGAACUGAGGACUCGUCUUCACCGAAUACACUCAGAAUCGGUCCUGUCCGAGAAGGUUGUCAGUGUAAAUAUCAUCCCCAGCACUGACGAGCCCAAUGAACAGAUCCACGACAGCCUCCCACUGACACAGCAAGCCUCCAACGAGAGCAGACUGUCCAUGUCAGAAUCCGUUUCAGAAUUCUUUGAUGCCCAGGAAGUGCUGCUGUCAGCAAGCUCAUCAGAGAAUGAGGGAUCAGAUGAUGAAUCAUAUGUCAGUGACGUCAGUGACAACUUUUCAGAGGACAAUGCCAGUGUUGCAGAUAACAGGCAAAUACCAAAUGGUGACCUAGCUGGUGGUGGAUUCCGCAACGGCCGUCGCACAUGCCUCCCUGCCCCCUCUCCAGAUACCAGCAACAUAAACCUGUGGAACAUCCUGAGAAACAACAUUGGCAAGGACCUCUCCAAGGUGUCCAUGCCAGUGGAGCUAAAUGAGCCUCUCAACACCCUCCAGCACCUCUGUGAGGAGCUGGAAUACACAGAGCUGCUGGACAAGGCUGCUGAGACCGAGGAUCCGUUUGAGCGCAUGAUCCUUGUUGCUGCUUUUGCAGUUUCCGGAUAUUCUUCAACAUACUACAGAGCAGGCAGUAAGCCUUUUAACCCGGUUCUUGGAGAGACCUAUGAAUGUAUAAGGGAAGAUAAGGGUUUGUGCUUUUUUGCAGAGCAGGUUAGCCACCAUCCACCCAUAUCAGCGUGUCACUGUGAAUCCAAGAAAUUUACUUUCUGGCAAGAUAUCAGAUGGAAAAAUAAAUUCUGGGGGAAAUCCAUGGAAAUACUCCCCAUAGGAAUCGUGAAUGUCGCACUUCCAAAGUACGGCGAUCACUAUGAAUGGAACAAAGUCACUACCUGCAUACACAACAUCCUCAGUGGUAGAAGGUGGAUAGAACAUUAUGGAGAAAUAACAAUAAGAAAUACGAAAAGCAGCCUGUGUAUUUGUAAACUCACAUUCGUUAAGGGAAACUACUGGAGUUCAAGUGUGAAUGAAGUCCAAGGUUUUGUGAUGGACCAGGAAGGGAAGGUGGUGCAUCAGCUGUUUGGGAAGUGGCAUGAAGGGCUGUACUGUGGCGUUGCACCUUCUGCGAAAUGUAUAUGGAGGCCAGGCUCCAUGCCAACGGAUUACGAGAUGUAUUACGGCUUCACCAGAUUUGCUAUAGAACUUAAUGAGCUGUGCCCGACGAUUAAAGAUCUUAUUCCUCCAACGGACGCUCGUUUUAGACCGGAUCAAAGAUUUCUAGAAGAAGGGAAUGUAGAAGCUGCAAUCAAUGAAAAGCAAAGGAUAGAGGAUCUGCAGAGAUCAAGGAGAAGAUACAUAGAGGAAAACAAUAUCAAGUAUCAACCGCGUUUUUUCAAGAAAGUGAUUGAUGCCAAUCAGAGAGAAAAGUGGGUGACCAACAACACCUACUGGGAACUACGGAAAGUCCCUGGUUUCAGUAAAUUAGAAAACCCUCAGCUUUGGUAACAUUUGGGUGGUUAGUGUUCAACACUUCAUAAUUUCUAACAAAUAAGCUUUUAUCUAUGCACAAAUAUUGCUGUUUCAUAUUUUCAGUAUAUUUUUUUUUUCUUUUGGUUGUGGGAAUAAGGAUAUUCUUUAAAACCCUAACAUUCUGCUUCAAGAAAGAUCUUAACAGAACAACAUCACUAUUCCCUUGCAUCAGGGGCAAUGUUCACCAAACAGCUAUUGCUGUUGUCACAGCUUUCCCUGAACUGACAUGUAGAAAGUUGUCUGGAUGAGGAUGGGACUAGAAGUUACAGUCUUUGCCUUAAAACACAAUGAGUGCAUUUUGCAGACAUGUUAAACGAAUAUGAUUUAAGCUUUAGUAAAGCGCUAUGAUUUAGUAGGAUGUAGAACUCUUAAUAUCAGAGUUACUUGUAUUUUAAAAGUAUGCAUAGCAUGUUUCGGGGGUGGCAUCCGUCAACCUAAAUUGAAUGAAUUAACGUGCAAUGAUUCUUCUGAAAAGCAGCAUCAGUAGGACUAAAAUAUAUUUAUAUUUAUGGAAAAAAUAUAUAUAUAAUCCAACAUCUUUAUUUAAUUUUAUUUUAAACAAAAAGUAGCAGUAAAAACAAACACAUUUGUUGAGUAAUGUUGAGAUUACUAAUGACCAUGGGCCAUUAGUAAUACCAAGUGAAUAUAGUAGUUUAUAUUCAGCAAGUUAUGUGGUAUAGCCAAAUUCUCCCCAAGGCUGCUUGUCAUUUUUCAAAUUAAAUUCAAGAAUAACCAUAGUAUAUAUUAGUUGUAAUAAAUCAGUGACAAACACGUUUUAUUUUCAGAUACUCAUACAGGAUAGCUGUUUGUCAGUGCUUGCUUGCUUCAUAUCAGCAAAGACCAGGUAAUCUCUAUGUUGGAUUUGAACAUGUCAUCAAUAGUCAAGAACGAAGCCUGUUACCUACCAAGCUCCUAACAGUUUCUUUAGUUCAGAACAUAAUAAUGAUAUAUUUUUAAAACAUUGCGUCUAUGGCGGUUCUGCUCUGGUUCAGCUUUUGCAGCUAAAUUGCAAAGUCAUCUGUACUGAUUGCAAAUGUGCCUCUUACUGAGCCAGCAACACUACUCAAUUAAAAUCUCUCAUUCAGCUAUAGACCAUGACCAGCUCUGCUUACCUUCCAACAUCUCACAAGUUCAGAAUACAAGUAGGCGCAAGAGAAUUAUGGGCUCCAGAGAGCUUUCUUUGAUUUGGCCUUUGAGCCUUUUGUUCUUUUACUUUCAGCUGCAUUUCAAUUUCUAGUGAAUGCUUAAAGUCUCUCAGCCCUAGCGAGAAUAUGGCUGUGGGGAAACAUACAUUUAUGACAGUGGAAAAAAAAAUAAAAAAAUUCUUCCAUACCUUUUUAAAGAGUAGGGUAUUUCAAGAAACAGCUUUUUAAUGAUUGUAUUUAAUUUCAGCCGUAACAUGCAUAUUGGGCAUUCUUUCAUUAAGUGAAUGGUUGCUGUGGUAAAUUAUCUGGUUGGUAUAAAUCAAGCUUACAUGAUCUUUCUACAUAAGUUCUUUCAAACCUACUUCACAUAGAACACUGAAUAUGCAAUUGGUUUAAUUGUCAUUUCAAAAGUGGUUGUUUGCUGCAAUUCAAGGACCCCAAGGGGAAAUUUGUUACACUUCAUCUGUAUGUAUUCUACUUUUUUGUCUUAAACACUAUACUGUUCAAGCACCAUAUGAGGUGACAGGUAUCCUUUUUAUUAUCUGGAACAACCUUAUCAUUCUUAUAUUUAUUUUGCAAAACUUCCAAUGUACAUUUUUACAUCAAAGUCUAAAAUAUAGUACCAUAAUAUUUAUUUAUCUACCAUGUCAUAUUGUAAGUUUCUUUGUAACAAUUCCACUUGAUGUGCCUUAAAUCGAUAAAUGCAAAACUGGAUGGGUUACUUACUGGUACCAGUUUAACACUUUAGAGAAUUCUCCAUGGCAAAGCACCAGUGUAAGCACCUUUAGUGUGGUUCAACCCAGAAAUAAAUACUGUACAAUGAUGUUGUGCUGAGUACUAGAAAAAAUAACAAUCCAACUGAGUAACAAUCUCCUUUUCCCAAUUACAGCUUAUUAAAAACCUAUUGUAAUUGACUGUGGGACUAUAUUCCUGUUAGCAGGCCGCAUUUUUCUUAUGUAUUUUUUUGAAAAUACACUGUGGUUUAAUUUCAUGAUUUAUAAGAUCAAUGACAAACAGUUCAGCUGGAAAUCUUUCUGUUAGUAUUGAUAUUGAAUGUUUAAUAGUUAUGGAUGAUUUGUCAGAGGAACCAGCAUUUGUGAAAAUGCAGUUCUUUCUGCAGCUGUGUCCAUUCUCAUACAGUUUGGUAUAUGAGCCUAACACUCAAGGUGCAAGCUUAUUCAUUCGAUUGUAAUAAUAAAAACAUGUUUGGAACAAAACAGUAUAAGUAAAAUCACAAUCAGUUUAUUUUUUUUUUUUUAAAGUAUUCCUCAAGAUACUGAUUUAUUUGUGCUCCGUUUUCUCUAGCUGACAAAAGUUUAGGAUGUGGGACAUGAUAUAGUAACCAUAAUGAAGAAUCUGGCUCACAAAAAAAUGUAAUGUAUGAUACAUAUUCAUUACAGCAUGCCAUGUUUGUGUCACAAAACCAGUGCUUUUUAGCUAGUUCUCCAAAUGUUUUGUAUACCAGAUCUUUCCAUUACAUCUUACAUUAACAAAAUAAAUCAAUUAAAUUAAAAAAAAAAAAAAAAAAAAAUUAUACAAACUAUCCAAUUUUUUUUUUGGUGACCAAAACGUAUACGUUCAAGUAGAAUCACUCCGUGCAAUUAAACCUACCAAAUGGCCUGUGAAGUCCAUUACAGUAUCUGUUAUUUACACUAGUUAUGUACUUUUGCUUAAAGUUUUUUGCAAUACGACUGCAAAUAUGUUUAAAUGCAGAGCUCAACUACAGGCAAACCAGAGUUCUGUUACAGUAGCUGAGAGAAUUUAUUUUUUGUUUCCGAAACAUUAUUCCUCUGUUGCAGUGUAAAUUAUAAUUGCAUGUGCACAUGACAAGCCUGCCAAUGAAUGUUGCAAAUGCCUUAUGAAAAGGUCAGGUUUUUUUUUUUUUUUUUUUUUUUUAAUUUAAAUGUUAGACAGUGUCCCACGGGGCUGUGUUAGACAGCCUUAAUAUAAAUAUUUAAGUCCAUUUUCUGAUGGAUAUCUCUGAAGUGCAAUUGUAUAUUUACUACAUAUACAUAUCUUCCCAUGAACACUGUACACUGCUGCUAGCUAGUGCUUGUUUUAAUAAAAAUAUAUAACAGAAUCUGGACUUUGUUUUUUUUUUGUCUGUGCAUGUUAGCCUGACACACAGGAGCUACAAAUACAAUAUCAUUACAUUCAUGGACUUGUUUGUUUAGCUUUGUGGUCAUUCUACAGAGGAUAUAAUAGUUUUGGAUCCACUCAUGUACAGUAUUGCAGAUUUUAUAAUUACUUUGACCUUGUGUAGUAUACAUUAAAAUGGACAUCUAGCAAAGGAAGAAAAUGCAUAAUGUGCAACAUUGUUGACUACAAUCCUAAAUAUGAAAGUGUAAUAGCCCAUUUCUUUUAUUAUCAUUAGCAAAUGAAAAUAAAUGUAUUGGGUCUGAAUAUGUAAUAAACAAGACAAUUAUUAUAUCUGCAUGCAAUACUGUAUAAACUAGUACUAAUGCAAAGAAAGAACAGCAUUAAGCCAUGCAGUCCAGGACAUUCCUAUUUCCUUUUGAUUUUAUGAUAAAUGUAAAUACUGGUAUAUGUGCUUUUACAAUUCCCAGUGUGUCCCAAAAAGCCCAAUUUAUACAGCAGCUACAUAUCCUAAUAACUGAACUAAAGUGAGCAACGUUUUACCUCUAUCACAACGAAUCGGCACGACUCAUAAUUAACACACUGGAGACAUUCAAUUUAGCCGUCAUUUUACGCAACCUUUUUAUUUAAAAACGUUCCACAGCAUAAAAUAAAAUAAAAGUAUGCCACAGUGAAAAAAAGCUAUUGUCAAACAUUGUUUUAUGAAAAUGUUGCAGCAGUCCUACUGCAGUCCUCACAGCUGAACAUCACUGAACAUUGCCUUCACAUUUAAAAGGACCUGGAAAGUCCACCUUGAAGAAUUAUUAAAAAUAAUUCCAAACACUGUUUAUAAACACACCAGCUAAAAAGAAAGAUGUCUGAAAACAGGAAUGCGGUAACACAGGUUUAACCAAACAUUUGUUUUGUUAACUUAUUUUCCUAAUUUGGUGUUGUGUUCACUGCAUGCUAUUAAGAGAAGACAUCAAGCAGACAAUGCCAGACACAGCAACAUACAGUACAUUCAGCCUAAAGUAAAAAACUUCCUAAGUAAGGCUUUUAUCCUGUUCUACUAGAAACUGGAUUAUAGCAGCUUCUGCCCAUUCCUCUAUUGCUUAAAUCAUUGGAAAAUCAAAAUUGCCCAAAGAGACCAGAAAUGUAAAAUUGUCAAACUUUAUCACAUUAUGGUGGGUAUCUCCUUGUCCUUUUUUUUUUAUAUACAGAAGUCAUCAAAACCUGACUUAGGAUGAUCUUGCAUUAGGCAUCAUGAUAUGAUUAACUCUACAUCUUGAAUUUUCUCACCACUGUCCUAUGGCGGCACUGCUUUAAAUGGGAGCCUCGUCAGGUGGAACGAGGCAACCGGACAAUACAGACACUGGCCAAAAUUACCAGACUGAUGGCUAAUUUGCUUGUUAUUGAAAUGGAUACAAGUUUGUCAGUCCUUUGUCUGCUUUGUACCCUGAUGAAGGCAAUAAGCAGAAUGCGAGUUGCAGGGUUUCCUUUAAUUUAUUUUGAUCGUAUUUAACCCUACGCACCAGUUGUUUUUUGUUAUGAAGCACCAGUUACUAUUUUUUUUUUUUAUUAAACUUAGUGUGCCCAAUUACUUUACACCCCAAUUUGCUCUCCAAUUUAGAAUAUUCAGCAAUGUUUUCCCCCACCGCAGAAAUUCCCCACAGCUCAGGAGACCUUAAGGUUCAGCGGGCGUCCUCCGAUCCCACGCCCAAACCAGCUUCCUCUUUUACACCCAUGAAUGAGAGCGGGUGUCAAUGAGCUACCGACCUCUGGAGGACAAAGGCCAGCCCUGCAGGUGUCCACUUUUGGGAGCCUGGCCAGCAGGGUUCUCUAGCACAAUGAGGAGAAACAAUCCAUGGCAAUUUUGCCUCUCUAACUGAGGCAAGCACCAGAGUCAAUGCGACGCUCCUUUUGGAAUCCCUAGCCAAGACUGCCGACUUCGUUCUUGUAUGUUUUGAAUGCAGUGCAGACACCCAGUUGUACAGUGUACCCUUGCAUCAACUCUUAUUGUUACAAUGCAGCUUAUGAAUGUGUAAUAAUUACUUUUGUUAUAAUAUAUGUACAUAUUUCAGAUUUAAAUACUUUUGCAAUAAGAACAUUUUCCAAAUCUACUAAUCCAUGCAAAAAAAAUGGAACACCACCUCAUUCAUAUAUAUAUAUAUAUAUA